CCCUUGACGAGCGACGCGUUUUGCAUCAUUUUAUUUACUUACGCAUCCGUUACAGUAGUCCUCGAAGAUUUAGAUAGUUUAAGUGCUUUGUGAAGUUUUUACCAUUAGCUUUAUUUUUAUCUAAAUAAUGAGUCUCGAUUUUGGAGAAAUUGUUGAGCCUUCAACACGAGCCUUCUGGGAUGACUAUGAUGAAAGUGAGGAAGAUCGAGCGCCAUUGCCACCACUGGAAUGGAAUUGGUUGAAUGAGGAUAACACCGAGCAGAAGCUAAACAGCAUAAAACUACUGCUCAUUCUGGAGGGCCAAGCAAUCACGAGUUUCGUUGGAACGGCAGUAUUGAAGGGCAGAUCGCCAAUCGCUCGGCUGGCCGGUAUCUCAACAUACCUUUACAGUAUUCCAGAACAGGAAAUGCUGGUUUGUUUAUCAGAGGAAAAAAUCCUCAACAAUUUUUCACGAAUAACGGAGAAAUUAAUCCCAUGGCUUAGCUCAGCGCAGCGAGUGAUUGCAAUAUCAUUCCAACCCAGUGUAAUGCAUAAAGGAACCAGCGCGGACGACAAGGAGAAAGCGUGUUUUAUACGAUCUCUUAACGGUCAACUGAGUGAAAUUCGAGAACUGGAAGCUCCCAAUGUUAUUACCGGUCUUUCAGCAGGUGCUUUAAGUUACAGAAAGUUCACCGGUCAGCAGAUGGCUUCUGCUUACGUUUGCUUUUUGGACUCCUCCAUUCUGGAUUCAGUUUCUUCCAAGCCCGUACUGCAGCUAUUGAAACUACUUUCCGUAGAAUGUGACAUCGACUAUCAGUUGAAAUUCGUUGAGGGAUCAAAUCUUUAUCUAUGA